AUGCUUAGUAACGACGAGCUAGAAGUAGGAGGGUACUUAAUAUAUAACGUAGACGAGGACCUAUUUAAUAGCGAGGGUAACGAGUCUUACCGUUUUAAUAUAUUUAACGUUAAAUUUAGUAAAGACUUAGAUUUAUUAGAAGGAGGGUGGUUAAAUAACGAUUAUAAUAAUUUAGACGUCUUAAACGAAAGUUACGGGCCUAGUAUAAAAGAAGACGAUAGUAAUAUAGAGUAG